CGGCGGAGGUUGAGCUUCCGGGUGGCGCUGGUGGUGGAGGGUUCGCGGGUCGUAUGGGCGCUGGGUCGGCAACGUGGAGCAUGUGAAUCAACCCAAGGAAACUGAGUUCCAGUAUGUGGUACAUCAUGCAGAGCAUUCAGAGUAAAUAUUCUUUGUCGGAGCGUCUGAUCCGGACUAUAGCAGCCAUCCGAUCCUUCCCACAUGACAAUGUUGAAGACCUUAUCAGGAGGGGUGCUGAUGUCAACUGCAUGCAUGGUACCCUGAAGCCGCUGCACUGUGCCUGCAUGGUAGCCGACGCCGAUUGCAUUGAGCUCCUGUUGGAAAAAGGAGCUGAGGUCAACGCCCUUGACGGGUACAACCGCACAGCGCUUCACUAUGCAGCAGAAAAGGAUGAGACCUGCGUGGAGAUCCUCUUAGAAUACGGGGCAAAUCCAAAUGCGCUGGAUGGUAACAAGGACACUCCCCUGCACUGGGCCGCCUUUAAGAACAAUGCUGAAUGCGUCCGAACGCUCUUGGAAAGCGGAGCCUUUGUCAACGCUCUGGAUUACAACAACGACACCCCUCUGAGCUGGGCGGCGAUGAAGGGGAACCUAGAGAGCGUGAGCAUCCUUCUGGAGUACGGGGCUGAGGUCCGGGUGGUCAACCUGAAAGGACAGACCCCAAUCUCAAGGCUGGUUGCUCUGCUGGUCAGAGGACUCGGCACUGAGAGGGAAGACGCCUGCUUUGAUCUCCUCCACAGAGCUGUUGGACACUUUGAAUUGCGGAAGAACGGCGCCAUGCCUCGCGAGGUCCUGCGGGAUCAGCAGCUCUGCGGAAAGCUGACCACGCUGUGCUCUGCCCCCGGCACCUUAAAGACACUGUCGCGCUAUGCCGUGCGCCGCAGCCUGGGCGUGCAGUUCCUGCCCGAUGCGGUGAAGGAGCUGCCUUUGCCAGAGUCUCUGAAAGAGUACGUGUUGCUCAAGUGACAGCGAACGCUUUGUAGGAUUCUGUUAAUAGUGCAGGCGGGCUGAUUCCUGUGCAGCUCUGUCCCUGACACUUCGCACUAACCGUAGCAGCGAUCCGAAAUCAAUUUCGCAGGUCUGUCUGUAACCGCCCAGGCAAUGGGCUCCUCCUUGCUCCGGCAUUGGCCAGUUGUUUCCCUUAGAUUCUCCGUCUGCUGCAAUUACCUUCUUUCCUUUCUUCAAUGGCGGUGGUUGGAAGAUCUUGGCUAUGAUCUGUGAUGGCUGAGAGGCUUCAAGGGACAGCCCUGCUCUCCUCCUCCUCCUCCUUCAGCAGCAGAUAUUUGGAGCUGCUUUACAGGCUUGGGGUGGGGGUGGGGAGGACAACAGCUGAUUUAGUUUCAUUAUACGUAGCAAAGCAUUUUAGUGACCCACCGUUUCUCCUUCUAGCUUUACACUCUUGAGUCACCAGGCCUGUCCUGCCAUUUCAUUUUCUAUUGGGAAGUAAGCCAUUCUUUUCAGGGGCUUAAACGAUGGAUUUGAACAAACAAGCCUGUUGAGCUAAUCCGCUCCUGGAGGGAUUCGAGGGCGCUUCUCCAUCUUUCUCCUGACCACCCAACCAGAGGUGCCAAAGUAGCAGGAGAAGAAUUCUCUCAAAAAGGCUGGGUCGCCCUUGUUGCUUGGGCCAGGUCUGCACCUGCCACAGAACAAAGUGGUAGAUUCCUGAGCUGGUGGUGGACAGCGUCACUUCCUACCAGGUGGAGAAUGGUCGGAGUAGAAAAUUAAACACCUUGGGGAGAAGUUCUGAAGCCGCUAUUUCUUUGCUGUGCUAAUUCCCCUCUUUAUGUAAUAAACCAAUUCUGGAAUGUGCAGGCAGGAACCUGUAGUCUGAAGGGGUACAUCAUGGCACCACCUCAUUCUGCCACAUGCAUAGAUCCAGCCUUUAUCUACAAGGAGAGGAGCCCAGCAAAGCCAAUAGAAAGGAAGCCCAGUUAGUAUUGCUGUGUCUGGAGACAUGUGUGUCAUAGUAUAUUUCCCUCCCUUCUUUUAUCUCUUUUUAAAAUAAAGUCUAGUAGUGAGACAGAUCCAAGUACAUGUAUUGAUUUUUGUAUCAUGUAUAAGGAUCAGGAAGUUAGUUCCCUGUCUUCACUGUGUAUCUUAUGUAUUUUAUUAAUGGCUUGAAAGUUUACUAAGCGUAUUCUUUAAUAUAUCUUGCAGUUUGAGAGUGCUGUUGGUUGGGCUCCUAGCAACAGUGGUUCAUAGCAUGUUCAGCCAAAUCUUGAUUUGCAUCCCCGCCAUUCAGUUUCCUAAUAGCUGUCUUUUCCCCCUGAAGUUUCAAGAGUAGUGUGCACGUGUGUAGAGGUGGUGGUAAUUUUAUACUUCCAGUAAGCAAUGUGAAUUGAAAAGGCCUGUGAAAGUGGCAAGAUGUGUCCCACCCACCCCAGGCGCAAGAAAUCCCUUAGUAUCAAAGCAAAAGUAAAGUUUCAUUCCCUACGACUAUGAUGGAAACUUGCAUUUACUGGCAGGUUCCUAAGAGGUCAAAUUUUCCCCAAGCCAGUCCUGGGCCUGAAUAAUUUGCUAAAUCCCCCUAUUCCCAGUGUUCCUUAAACUCUUGAUAACCGGUGGAUUUUAAAAUUAUAGGCAUAUUUCACUCAAAAAGAGUAUCACUUCCUUGGAUGAGAACCCUUGCAAGUGCAGGAUAGUCCAGGUAAUAUUGUGUAGAUGCUUAGCUGCCUUCUGCCAAAGUCAGGGCUCAGAAGUGGGGAUAUGAUUUCUGAGAAAAGGGGUGUGUGUGCUUCUGGGAUCCUCUUAAGAUCACUAGUUCUAUAUUGGGGGGGGUGGGAAUGGGAAAGAGGGCAGUGUCAAUGGAGAAAAGUGGGCUAUAUGGGAAUAAUUGCCCUCAUCAGUGGGUGAAAUAAUCAGUGUCCCAUGGCUCUGUGUUCUCAGGCUAUUUAAUGUAAACAGAGCCAUAAACCAAGUGUGAGCAGAAGGUAAAUCUCCAGUUGUUUUGGACUUCAGCUCCCAGAAGCCCCUGCCAGCAUAGCCAAUGGUCAGGAAUGCUGGGAGUUGAAGUCUGAAACAUGUGGAGAUGUACUUUCUGCCCACCUUUGCUAUAAGCUUUUAUAGAGAUGUGUUUCUUUCUGUCCUGCACAGGCAACUUCGCAACAUUGCUCCAUACUUUAGAAUCCUGCAACUCAUGCCUCCCAUAGAAGGAUAAUUAAGUGCAAUGUGGUGUCCCUCCCCCACCCCACCCUGUACUCUGCAGUCUCUUCUCUCCCAUGAGUUUGGGCCUGCCUGAGCGCAGGCUGGGUAUUCAGAAAGCCAUACCUUGUGAGGAACAAAUCAUGCUGUAAGCGCCGAAUACCCUUUCCCAAAAGUUUGGUUGCUAUGGAAGAGCCAAUGACUUGUGUGGGAUAUUUAAAGUUUGUUGAUUAAA